AUGCUGUGAAACGAGGCAAGCCUCUGGUCAAGUCAACUCUACCCGCACAUAGCCUUGGGGGGCUUCCUUCGAGUACACGCUGUCAUCCUGACAGGAAAGGACUGCUUCGGUGAGCUCUUUCCAGAUUUCUUUGCCGUCGGGUGUGUCUCUCUUGGCGUCCGCCGCACCCCUGAUCGACAUCGACGAACCCGACCGACUUGUCGAGCCAGCCAUUGUGCGCGCCCGCAACGUCAUUGCGUGGACGCUGCCUUCGGGAGGGGUCUUGCGCUGUUUGAUUGACUCUGGGUCGGAGGUCGACUUGGUGGAUCAGGAGGUGGUUUGAGCCGACCCGAGCUUCGCAACGGCUCGUUUGACCGCGCCGCUGCACUUGCGUCUUGGCACUCAGAAUAAGUCCGACCGUUGUGCUAUCUUUGCCACCGCUCCUUUUUCGUCUGGCGCCCUCGACCUCGGUUCACGAGCGUUCUUCAUCUUCCGGGUGACUGGGUACGAUGUCAGGAGCACAGCCUGCACUGCCAUCAAUACUCGAAGGAAGUCUCCCAAGUUUGCGGCCGGAGUCGACAUCAGCUACCGGUUUGUUCGUUGCAAGCAUUGUCGGCGCGAUGGCGUAGUCGUGAGGGCGCGCGGGCGCGCACUCAGUGGUCGAGGGUUCGAUCCGCCCGGAGCGUGAUCUGCCUUUUGGUUUCUUUUCCUUUUUGUUAUCCGAGGCCCGGCUUCGGGGUUUUUACCGGUGCCUUGCAGGCAAUCCUUUUUACCCCUGAAGCGACCUCGUGGUGUAGUUAUUUGAUUCAGUCUUUCCUUCGCUCGGAGCACUUCCCUCCCUUUGCUUUUGCCACCCUUCCCCUAGAGCUUGGUCCACUCAUUAUCAUGACUCGUACCCUCCCUCUUUUUACCCAUUUCGCUGGCAAUUAAGUCCGUUACACUUGAUUUGCUGCGAAGCCUUCCGACCGAAUCCACUCCUCGGUUGCUCUCGGUCGACUGCCGCCGCCCAGCCGACUCGACCUUCCCAUCAGCCUGGUCAGCUAUUUCUUGGAUCGUUUGCCCUUCCUCUUUUGUCCGACCUCGUUGGCCACCAUAGUCCGGUACACUGGACUUGCUGCGAGCCUUGCAGCCGCGUAUCCUCCGCGGUUGCCUCUCGGUCGACUUCCGCCGCCCAGCCGACUCGACCUUCCCACCGGCCUCAAGCCGCACAACCCGCUGCUGGACGUCGUCGACGACCCGGCGCUCGAGGAUUUGUCUGAGUCCGAAGCAUGA